CUUUCAUUUUCUUUCGUUUACGCAUUCAGUGAUCCUAUAGCUAAGUUUGACAUAGCGAUUUGGGUAACUUGCACUCUGUCCGCUCUCCGACCGGUGCUUGUUCAAGUAAUGUCUUCUUCUAGUUCUCAAUCAUACGGGUCAAGCUUUAAUUGGAAUUGGCCUUGUCCAGAGAGCGUGAACUGCAACCAUGAUCUUGAGGCCGAGCUAGUGAUAUCUAGGACUACUGCGAAUCCUGGUCGGCGUUACUAUCGUUGUCCAAUAUGCAAGGAAGAUGAUUGCAGAUUCUUUCGCUGGGUUGAUGUGGGUCUUUCCCCAAGUCAAGACACUUACUUUCAAAAAAUCAAGCUCGAACGCGAUAACUUUGAAGAACAACUCCGAUGCAACAAAAUUAUGGAGGGUGUUCUUGAAGAAAAAUUGCGUUUGAAAACUGAUGAGUUUGAAGAGGUGAAGUUAAAAUUGAGCUUGAAAUCUGAGGAAUGCGUAAGGCUUAAGUUACAAAUUGAUAAAGCAACCAAAGUGUCCCGAAAUUUGAAGAUUAUGGGUCAGUGGCCUGUGACGAACUAUGACGAACUUCAGUACGAGCAUCUACUCGGGGAUCAUUGGUGCAAGUUCUCCUGUUAUGACCCUCUGUUCCGCACCGACGACAUCUCAGGGAUACCAUUCAGCUGCCAUAACCUGCGUGAGCAUGUAAAUUCACGCAUGUUGACUACAUACUGGCCAAACGGUCCUGACACUUGGUACAAAUCCUCUCCGUUCCAUGUUGAUCUCCAAGAAGAAGCCCUCGUGUAG